CUCCGGAGAAGCUGGCUGGAGCCCCGGUGUAACCCGAGAGGCAGCCGGCGGAGGUGGAGCGGGGCCGGAGGGCGGGAGCACGAGGCGCCGUCCCGGCCCCCCGCAGCAGCCGGGGGCGGAGGGGAUCCCCGGCGGGAGGCGGCCCCCGUGCAGCCAAGCGCGCGGCGGGACGGAGCCGGCGCCAGCUCCCGCUCCCGCUCCGGCUCCCGCGCCGCCCCGCUGCAGCCCGGCGCGGCCAGGGGCGCUGGAGGCGGCGGGCCGGGCGCGCGGAAGCGGGGCAAGCUCCUCUCAGUAACAUGCUGGGGCUGUGGCUGGCGCUGGGGCUGAGCCUGGGCGGCUGCUUCGACGGGCCCCUGUACCCGGAGAUGUCCAACGGGAGCCUGCACCACUACUUCGUGCCGGACGGCGACUACGAGGAGAACGACGACCCCGAGCGCUGCCAGCUGCUCUUCCGCCUGAGCGAGGCGCGGCGCUGCCCGGGCGCGGGGCCGGGGCCGGGGCCGGAGCCGGCGGCGCUGACGCUGCGGCAGGAGCUGACGCUGCUGGGCCGGCAGGUGGAGGACGCGGCGCGGGUGCUGGACGGCCUGGGCAAGAGCAUCUCGUACGACCUGGACGGCGCCGAGAGCUACGGCGCGUACCUGCGGCGCGAGGCGGGCCAGAUCGGCGACGCCUACGCCAGCUCCGACAAGUCCCUGGCCGAGCUGGAGAGCAAGUUCCGCCAGGGCCGCGAGCACGAGGGCAAAGAGGAGAGCCGGCUCGGCCGCGACUUCCUGGCCAUGCUGCUGCACGCGCGCGCGCUGCUGCAGGACACCCUGGCCGUGUCGGCGGGGCUGCGGGACAAGUACGACCUGCUGGCGCUCACCGUGCGCAGCCACGGCACCCGGCUCGGCCGCCUCAAGACUGACUACCUCAAAGCCUGACGGCCCGCCGGACCCUGCCCCGCGCCACUCCCCGCGCCCCCGGGCCUUGCCGGCCGCCACGCGCCGGGCCCUCGGCUCCCCCUGCUGCCCCCCACCUUUCCCGUCAGAUCCCCCAAGUCCUCCAUCCACCUCCCUCAGGUCCCCCCAUUGCCCCCUAUCACUCCCCUCAAAUCCCCCAUCCACCCCCAGCGACCCCUUCAGGUCCCCCAUUGACCCCCACUGCCCCUCUCAGGUCCCCCAUGGCUCCCCUCAAAUCCCCCACUGAUCCCCACCGCCCCCCCACCAUUUGCCUCAGGUUCCCCCAUCACUCCCUUCAGGUCUUCCCAUUGCCCCCACCGCUCCCGUCAGGUUCCCUUUGCCCUCCACUGUCCCCCUCGGGUCCCCCUGUUGCUCCCCACUGCUCCCCUAAAAUCCCUCAUCCAUCCCCACUGACCUCUUCAGGUCCCCCAUUGACCCCCACUGCCCCCCAUCGCUCCCCUCAAAUCCCCCAUUGAUCCCUACCCCCCCUCCCCCACUCCUCUCAGGUUCCCCCAUCACUCCCCUCAGGUCCCCCCACUGCCCCCCCUCCCCCACUCCUCUCAGGUUCCCCCAUCACUCCCCUCAGGUCUUCCCUUUGCCCCCACCACUCCCGUCAGGUUCCCCCAUUGCCUCCCACUGCUCCCCUCAGGUCCCUCCAUGCCCCCACUGCUCCCAUCAGGUCCCCCAUCACUCCCCUCAAAUCUUCCAUUGACCCCCACCAACCCCUUCAGGUCCCUCAUUGACCCCCACUGCCCCCCACCGCUCCCUUCAGGUUCAUCUUCGCCCUCCACCAACCUCCUCAGGUUCCCCAUUGCUCCCCACCACUCCCAUCAGGUCCCCCAUUGCCCCCCCCCCACUCCCCUCAGGUCUUCCCCCUGCUCUGACACCCUGCGCUUGCCCCUGGCACAGCACAAGGCAUGAGAGAUUCACCCCACUGCUCUUCCCCCUGAUACAGCACACGGCGUAGGACAUCCCCCUUCUCUUGCCCCCUUUGCCCUGCUCUUGCCCCUGAUACAGCACAAGGCAUGACAGAUCCCCCCUUCUCGUCCCCUGCUGCCCAAUGCUUGCCCCUGACACAGAACAAGAUGUGGGAGAUUCCCCCCCACCCCAACUCUUGCCCCUGGUAGAGCGCAAAACAUGAGAUCCCUCCCCCCUCAUUCUUGCCCCUGAUACAUCAGAAGGCAUAGGAGAUCCCACCCUGUUCUUGCCCCAAUACAGUGCAAGAUGUAAGGGAAGCAGGCCCCAUGGAGAGAAGGUCCUGAGGGCCCUGCUGGUGCCUACUGCAGCAGAGAGUGGCAAUCCGCCCCCUCACAGCAUCCGGUGAGGUGAGCUUCAGGCUGCCAAUGCUUGCACUCUCUCUAGAUGUUUACUUUGGUUAGCCAGUGUGGUGUAAAGCAUUCUUCUAAAUUCACUAGUUAGUUUAGAUUUUUUCCCCUAACCCUAGCCCCCUCUCCCCUGCCACUACCACCCUCUUUUUUUUCGCCUUGCAGAAAGUAUUUUUAAUUCACAGUGUAGGGGGGACACAAAUCCAGACCAGCUCAGUCCAUGGGGAAGCCUGACUCUGGCUGUGGAAUUAUGCUCAAGGGGUAAAAUGCUGUGGGCCUGCUGCCGUGCCACCUUGCAGUUCAGCACUGUAAGGAUAAAAAGCUGCCUGAGGGCUGGAUUUGCUCUACCUUCAUUCACACGGAGUAACCUGUCCUUCCUCAAGGAUGCCCAUUGAGUUCAGAACCCCAAGGAUCCUAAGGUGAUGUUCGGUAUGAAUGCAGAUGCUCCAAGCUGGACCUUUGACAGCGUGUUAAAGUCCCUUUGCACAGCCAUAAAUGUCUGUGCGAGGCACCAAGCUACAGGUGAUCAGACCCUGUUUUUUUCACAGUGGGUCUGAACUGCUGUCACAGUAGGUCUGAAUUUCAGUUCACUCACUGACAUAUUCUGCAGCUCUGCUUAUGGUACUAUGUGCCUUCCUCUAACACACACAACCACCACCCCCGCCCCCCCAUUAUUUCUAGGACUGUAUUUAUUCUGUUCAAUUUCUGGUGUUUUUAAGCUAUACGUUGUGAAGUGUGAGCACGCUAACAUGUAUAUGAAGCUCAAGUUUAGAGGUUAUGUUUAAAUUAAGUAUCUUCAUGUCUUUUUUAAAGAAAAAUAUGCUGUAUUACGUUGUGCAUCCUUGAGUACAAAUGAAGAAGAGUUAUCUUGGAUAUUCUACUGUUUGUUAAUGUAUCAUGCUUCCUAAACUAGCUUCUCAUUUCAACUACCUUAAACAUGGACAAAACAACGUAGUUUGGGUUCACGUUUAGAUAUAUACAUGUAUUGGACUCUAAUUGCUUCUGUUUUGUUCUCACUCCCUCAAAUGUAGAUCCUCUGACCCUCUGUAAAACCCUUAAUGUUUUGUUGUUGUUGUUGUUAAAACACAUAUUCUGCUUAUGUGACGAUAUUGCUCUACUAUCUAAUUUAAAGCUCUGGUUUUCGUUUGUGUUUUAAGAGGAGGAAACUGUUCUGGCAGCUGUACUUAUUGAGGCUUGCUUAUCUGAAAGGCUAAGCUAUCAGAACCCCUAAAGCCAGCCGAAAAGACAUCUAUGAAGAGUCAGAUCCUGCAAACAUUUAUGCUUGUGAGUAAUUUCACAGUAAACACAAAUGUCAGUAGUUUUUAUAGUAUCAGGCCCUAAAGUUUUAGUAUAUUAUUUCUAAGCACAGUAAAAAACUUUAUCCGUUCCAAAACGGUGAUGUUUGUUUGUUGUUGCCUCUGUACUUGCAAGCUAAUCUGUUAUUAAUUUGUGUCAUUAUUUGUGUUCCUAGACAAUGGCUAAAGUGUAGGGCAGAUUUUUGUGUUUGUUUUAUUUGGAUUUUUUUUUAAAUCUGUAUAACCAUCGCUAUUUAAUCAUCAACUGGAAGGAAUAUUAAUUACUACAUUACAGGUACUGCAGGCAGGAUCACUGUUUGGCUGAAAAGAAUGAAUGUUCAUAUGUUUUAAUAAAUAUUAGACACAGUUGAAGUAUUUUUUUCUUUUAUAUUUCUGCUUGUGUCAUACUUUAAAUCAUGACAUUGUAAAACAUAUCUUUUUAGUAAAAUCAUGGAAAUGUGAGAUA